CUUGAGCUGCAUCUGCGUUUGUACAUCAAGCGUAAAAAAGGACGAUGUCUUGUGUAAAUUACAGUAAAUGGGAUCACAUUGAGAUAUCAGAUGAUGAAGAUGACACACACCCUAACAUUGACACUGGAAGCCUUUUCAGGUGGAGACACCAAGCCAGAGUUGAACGAAUGGAGGAACAAAAGAAAGAAAAAGAUGCUGUAGAAAAAGGAUUGUCUGAGCAACAGAAGAAGGUAAUAGAGCUUAAAGACAAAAUAAAGGCAGCUGAAGAGACAAAGGAUGCAACAGAUCAAAUAUCCAAACUGAAAAUUGACUUGAAACAACUUGAAGAACAAGAAAAGAAAUUUAGAGAAAAAGAAGAGGAAUUGAAGAAAAAGGAAAAGCUUACUCCCUUAAAUAUUGACACAAUUUGUCAUGAUGGGAAGUCAAAAACAGUUAUCAACAAACUGCCGGAGAGGAAGAAAGAUCUCACUGAUGAAGAAAAAGCAGAGAGACAGGAAGAUUUCCAAAAGAAGUAUAAAGAUGACGUCAAGAAGUUUGGAAUGUUGAAAAGGUACGAGGAUAGUCAACAGUUCCUGACAGAAAAACCCCACUUGGUGUGUGAGGAAACAGCCAACUACUUGGUGAUCUGGUGUAUAGACCUGGAGGUUGAGGAGAAACACAACCUAAUGCAUCAUGUGGCUCACCAGACAAUAGUGAUGAAUUUUAUCAUGGAGCUGUCUAAGAACAUGGAUAUUGACCCGAGAGCUUGUGUUCGACCCUUCUUCUCAAAGAUCAAACUUGAGGAACCACAGUAUAUGGAAGCAUUCAAAGAUGAGUUAGAGGCAUUCAAAGAGAGAGUACGAGGAAGGGCAAAGGCCCGCAUUGACACUGCCAUUAAAGAAUAUGAAGAGGAGGAGAGAAAGAAACGCUUAGGUCCAGGAGGAGAGGAUCCUGUGGAGGUUUUUGAAAGUCUGCCAGAGGCCAUGAAGGAGUGCUUUGAAGCCAAGGACAUCCCAAUGCUACAGAAGGUGAUAUCAGAGAUGGACCAUGAGGAAGCAAGCUAUCAUCUUAAGCGCUGCAUAGAUUCUGGUCUGUGGGUGCCGGAGGCAAACAAACAACCAGAUGGAGCAGGGGAGGAAGGUGAGGAGGAGGAAGAGGGUGAAUAUGCAGAGGUCAGUGAUACAUCACAGAAUACAGCCUCUUCAACGACGGAAAAGAAAAGUAUCGAUGAUGUAGACUGAAGAAUAUUAUUUCAAAGACAAAAAAAAUUGUCAUAUACACUGAGAACAAUGCGUAUGAUAUACUGUGAGGAAAAUGAUAAUGACGUUUAAUGUUACUAUUUAAACAAUCAUAUCAGAUUUGUUCCAACAUGUCAGUGAAUUUAGCUGAAACAUUGAUGUCACAAACGAUACAUGGUUUUAACAAAGACAACAAUUUGAGACUAUUUAUGUAGAUCUAGACUUCACACUGAUGUGUGAUUUCUUUGCAACCAUUUAUGUUUGUAUGGAAUAUAUGUUCUGUAGUUCCCAUGCUUAAUAUCAGGAUUUCUACUGCUAGUGUGAAGCUAUGGUCUUGCUUUUAUCUAAUGUCAAACCACUGGAGAUAUGCAGCACCAUAGGGAGACAUCUCAUUAUGUAAAGGAAAAGACACCAGGGGAGAAAAGUUAUGAUGUAAAUGUAGGUGAAAUCAGAAUUGUACUACUUUGUAAACAAUUAAGUAUUGUGUAUGUAUAAAGUUCCAAUUUUGAUUACACAUCUUUAAAGCAU